AUGGCUCAAGAACAAUUACGCAUCCUCAUUGUAGGCAAUGGCGGCCGUGAGCAUGCUCUGGCCUGGAAGCUGAGCCAGUCCUCCCUCGUUGACAUUGUCUACGUUGCUCCCGGAAACGGCGGUACUGGUUUGGGUGAUUGGAAGAUCACCAAUGCCAAUGUCAAGGGUGACGAUUACCCCGGCCUCGUAGCGUUUGCGCAGAAGAAUGGCGUGAACCUUGUUGUUCCCGGGCCAGAGGCUCCCCUUGUCGAUGGUAUUCAAGGAUACUUCCAGGCUGUCGGCAUCAGAUGCUUCGGCCCCUCCAAGGCUGCUGCCCGCAUGGAGGGCUCCAAGACUUUCUCCAAAGACUUUAUGCAACGCCACAACAUUCCCACUGCUGCGUUUGGCAACUUCUCCGACUACGAGUCUGCCCGCCGCUACCUCGACUCUGUCUCCCACAACAUCGUGAUCAAGGCCAGUGGUCUGGCUGGUGGUAAGGGUGUGGUAAUCCCUGCCACCAAGGAGGAGGCACACCAGGCGCUGAAGGAGAUGAUGCUCGAUCACCAAUUCGGCGAUGCUGGUGAUGAGGUCGUCAUUGAAGAGUACCUGGAGGGUGACGAGCUCAGCAUUCUCACCUUCAGCGACGGCUACACUAUCCGCUCCCUCCCCCCCGCGCAGGACCACAAGCGUAUCUUCGAUGGUGACAAGGGCCCUAACACUGGUGGUAUGGGCUGCUAUGCGCCUACGCGCAUUGCACCAAAGGAGGUGCGCGACGAGAUCGACCGCACUAUUAUCCAGCCUUCUGUUGACGGCAUGCGGAGAGAUGGCUUCCCCUUCGUCGGUAUUCUCUUCACUGGCCUCAUGAUGACCAAGAACGGCCCUAAGGUCCUCGAGUACAACGUCCGCGGCGGUGACCCCGAGACCCAGACCCUGCUUCCCCUGCUCAGCGAGGACACCGAUCUGGCCCAGAUCAUGGUCGCUUGUACCGAGCACUGGCUGGACGGUGUCACGGUCAAGGUUGAGAACAAAUACUCCACCACUGUCGUCGCCGUGGCCGGCGGCUACCCGGGUUCCUACGCCAAGGGCAAGCCCAUCACGCUGGAUCCCACUCCAGCCGGCUCCCUCAUCUUCCACGCCGGCACCACCCUGUCUGGCAAUGAGCUCCAGACCUCCGGCGGCCGUGUGAUCGCUGCCACCGCCACCGCCUCGACUCUUGAGGAGGCCGUGUCCAAGAGCUACGAGGGCAUCGCCACCAUCCACUUCGAGGACAUGUUCUUCCGCAAAGACAUCGCCCACCGCGCGUUCCGCCAGACGGCCGACACCUCGCUGACCUACGCUGCCGCUGGUGUUUCCAUCGAUGCCGGAAAUGAGCUGGUUAACCGCAUCAAGGCCUCUGUCGGCCGCACCAAGCGGCCCGGAACUGACGCCGUGAUCGGCGGCUUCGGCGGCCUCUUCUCGCUGGCCGCCGCCAACCCUGAGUACCACUCGGACUCGCCCACUCUCAUCGGCGCCAUUGACGGUGUCGGCACCAAGCUCAAGAUUGCCCACGCCGUCGGCAUCCACGACACCGUCGGCAUCGACCUGGUCGCCAUGAACGUCAACGACCUCGUUGUCCAGGGUGCCGAGCCGCUCUUCUUCCUUGAUUGCUACUCGUGCGGCCACCUGGACGUGGCAACCGCCGCAGCCUUCGUCACUGGUGUCGCAGACGGCUGUGUGCAGGCCGGCUGCGCGUUGAUCGGUGGCGAGACCGCUGAGAUGCCCGGAUUGUUCGUGGACGACACAUACGAUGCCGUCGGCGCGGCGGUUGGCGCCAUCAACACCACCGGCGCAUUCGCCCGCCAGAUCCUGCCACACACCGACGCCAUGCGCACCGGUGACGUGCUCCUCGCGCUCGGCUCUUCCGGUCCCCACUCGAACGGAUACUCGCUUGUACGCAAAAUCGUCGAGCGUGCCGGCCUGGGCUUCGCCGACCCGGCACCCUUCACUAUGCCCGGCCAGACGGAGCAGCUCUCCCUCGGCCGCGCCCUGCUCACCCCAACCCGCAUCUACGUCAAGUCCAUCCUGGCCGCUCUGGCAACGCACAAGGCUGCCAUCAAGGGUCUGGCCCACAUCACCGGCGGCGGUCUUGUCGAGAACAUCCCCCGCAUGCUACCCGCAACCCUGACCGCGGCUGUCGAUGUCAGCUCCUGGACCCAGCCCUCGGUCUUCCAGUGGCUGCAGCGUGCCGGUAACGUCUCCGCAGCGGAGAUGGCGCGCGCGUUCAACUGCGGUGUUGGCAUGGUUAUCGCCGUGGAUCCCGCGGCUGAGGCAGAGGUGCGCCAGAGCUUCGAGGCUGCUGGUGAGACUGUGUACCGCAUUGGUGAGCUGCGUGCUCGUGCAGAGGGCGAGGAGGGCUGCGUGCUCAGCGGCCUGGAGUCGUGGAGCGCAUGA